AUGCAUCCACAGGAUCAACAACAACGAAUGGCCAGUCAUGACCAUGAUCGACAUUCAGCAACAGAAGAACAAGAUGAAUUGAAUUUACUUUCGGAUUGGAUACAACCGAAUCGGUUGGAACAAGAACAUCAAUCAGUUGUCGAAGAAGAUGAAUUUUCUGCAGAUCGAAUACUUCAAGACAUUCUUGAGGAGCAAGACCAACCGAUUCCUUCGAUUCAUUCAUUCAUGCAGCAACAAGAACAGACUCCCGAUAUGAGUCAAAUUCUCUCUUCUCGAAAUAUUUUGGAAGAUUCGGUUGGAAUGAUUGAAGAACCAAGAAGAGUGUGUGGCGAAUCCGACAAGUCAAUGCAACAGUGUCAAAUGUCAAGUGAGAGAGUUAACCUGGAUAGCAAGAUGAGUCAUGAAGAAGAGCAAGCGGAUGAGAUUUCAUCUUCAACAUGCUCAACGAUUGUCGUGAGCGCCGUGGGUUCUGAAUAUUGUGUCACUCAACAAUUACCCUCGUUUGGAAUUCCUGACACUUGUCAACCAUUACACGAAAGACCUUUUUAUUUCCUUCCUCCUUUUCCUUCAUUUCCUUGUGCAUCUUUAAAAAAGGUUCCUUCGAAUCGUUCAAGUAUUUCGAAAGAAGGAAAAUCAAAGAAAAUUCCACAAGCAUGGAAACAAGCACUGGAGAAUCAAAAAGUGAAAAAACAAAUUCAAAAACAACGAAAAAUGUUGCAACGAGACAAGAUGUUGCAACGAAGAAGAGAAUUAACUGGAAGAGUUGAAGCCAUAGGAUUGAAUAACUCGUCACAGCCAAAAAGGGAAACUUCCAAACAUGUUAAUUCAAGAAUAGAAAUACCAUUAAGCGAAUUUAAAAAACAAAAAAUAGAUAAGAGAAAAUCAUUGAUGCGAGAGCUCAGUUUGGAAUGGAUUAUUUGUGAGGAAGUGUUAUUAAGAUUUUUAAAUUUGUCAACCAGUAAUGAGAAGCGGUUUGAAGAAAUGAGUGAUGACAUCUUGAUCGAACAAAUUGAACAACAAUUGCCAGAGGAUGAAGAACAACGUGGAAGAGAACUCUCUCAAAUCGUGGAAGGAGUCUAUCAGAAGAGUGUAAAAAGUUUGCAACGAGUGUACGAUUUGUUAAAUAUUGACUCGAUGGAUAUUGAGGACGUUAUUGAUUCCAUUCUUGAUUCAGACACUUUAUCUCAUGUAAAAUCCUAUUAUCUCGAUCGAAAUGCACUUGGCAAGUAUUUGAAUGUUUUGAAUCAUCCAAAAGAUAAUAUUACAAUGGACAAUGAGACUUCUCCUAACAUGGAGAUGACCACAACAAAAACACUAACAACUGAACGAAUGAUUCAACAAGUUCAACAGGUUGCUGUUUUAAUUGUUAAAAAGUUGAGUGGCAAUGGACGAAUCGAUCAGUUACAAACUCUUUCCAACCAAUUGGAUAUUUCCCUUAUUGUUCAACUGAUCCAGUCUCGACACUUACCCAUUGUAAAUGAUGCUUUAUUCAUUUUAGCAAAUAUUGCCAAAAUAUCAAGCUCGCAACGAGAUCAAGUUUUACAAAGUCAGAUUGUGAAAGAGUUGACUUCGUUAUUGUCGACACAAGUCUUAUGUGAAGAGAAUGAGCAACAUGUUUCCUUACUUCGAAUGGCUUCUUGGUGUUUUUCUAAACUUUGUGUAGGAACUCCCUCUCCAAGCAAAGACCACAUGAAACAACUCUUAACUCUCACUCCCUAUUUCUUACAUCGAAAAGACAUUGAAACUCUCACUCACACUUGCAGAGCCAUCGGACGACUCAUGUAUCCCAAAGAAAUGAUUUCACCCUUUCUUCAGAGUGGUCAAUCGAGUCGAAUUAUUGACUUGAUACAAAAUCGAAACGAAUCCGAAUAUAGUUUGUUAGCACAAGCAUUGGUUGCAGCUGUGAACAUCUCUGCAGGUACCGAUGAAGAAACUCAACAUUUAGUGACGUUGGACAUUUUAGAAAUUGCCCUUAAAAUUUUAAGAUUGCCAUUGGUUCCCAAGUCUGUUCGAAUUGAUGCCAUGAUUCUCGUUUCCAAUGUAUGUGCAUGUACCGAAGUUCAAGUGCAGCGUGCCAUUGAUUGUGGAGUGUUAGAAGAAAUUGCAAAACUUUUCAACAAGAAGGACACAUUGUUGGAUUUGAAAAAAGAAGCCGUGUGGAUUUUUCGAAAUGCAAUCAAUAGUGGAGAAGAUGAACAUGUAGAACUCUUCACAGAACGGUAUCAAAUUGUUCCACCGAUUUGUGAAAUGAUUACCAAUGGUCAAUCGGAGCAACAAAUCAAAAACAUGUGUCUUCAAACACUUGUGAAAAUUUUGGAAUAUUAUGAAAGUGAGACAGGAACUGAUGAAAUGGCUCAAAACUCGUCGUCGUCGUCGUUGGACUCUCAACAUUUGAACCAUUUCAAUGAAAUAAUUUUCCAAAUUAAGAAGAGUGGAGCUGCCAAAGAAAUUUUACAAAUGGAUGUUCAUGCAUCAGAAUAUGUGGAGGCCUUGUGUAAAUAUCUUCGAUGA